AUGGUAGUGGAUAAAGGCAGUGGUAAGGGAGAUGUAAAAAUGAUUGAAGGUGAUGACAAAGUUUGUGGCCUGGAUGGCAGAAAUGCAUCUACAACCACAACUGUGAUAGACAGCAAGAAUGGAUCUGUGCCCAAGUCACCUGGAAAAGUGCUGAAGAGGACAGUCACAGAGGACAUAGUGACAACAUUCAGCUCCCCAGCAGCCUGGCUUCUGGUCAUCGCUCUCAUCAUCACAUGGUCAGCUGUGGCUGUUGUUAUGUUUGACUUAGUGGAUUACAAAAACUUAUCAGCAAGCUCUAUUUCCAAGAUUGGCUCAGAUCCUCUAAAACUUGUACAUGAUGCUGUGGAGGAAACCACCGACUGGGUCUAUGGCUUCUUUUCUUUGCUGUCUGACAUCAUCUCAUCUGAAGGUGAUGAAGAAGAUGAUGAUGAUGGAGAGGAGGACACUGAUAAAGGAGAAAUAGAGGAGCCUCCCUUGAAAAAAAAAGAAAUACACAAAGAAAAGACGGAAAAACUGGAGAAACCUGAAAGGAAAAUACAAACUAAAGUUACACAUAAAGAAAAAGACAAGGUAAAAGAAAAAGAAAAACCUGAAAAGAAAGCAACUCACAAGGAAAAAAUUCAGAAAAAAGAAAAACCAGAAACAAAGACAGUGGCAAAAGAAGAGAAGAAAGCUAAGACUAGAGAAAAGACUGAAGAAAAGAUAAGAAAGGAAGUGAAAGGUGUGAAACAGGAGAAGGUGAAGCAAACAGCUACUAAAGUAAAAGAAGUACAGAAAACAUCACCCAAACCUAAAAAGGACGAGAAAGAUGCUUCAGCUGUGUCCAAGCAUGAACAGAAAGAUCAGUAUGCAUUCUGUCGAUAUAUGAUUGACAUAUUUGUCCAUGGGGACUUAAAACCAGGACAGAGUCCAGCCAUGCCACCUCCAUUACCAACAGAACAAGCUUCCAGACCCACUCUGGCAUCACCUACUCUUGAAGGUCCCACUCUGGCAUCACCUACUCUUGAAGAUUAUACAUUGGUGGCCAUCAGCUUCCAGAAGGACGACCAGCUUCAUACUCUGGAAAUCAAGCCAGGAAGUAUAGGGUCAAAGGGACAGAUAAUACCUUGUAAUUCUUGA